CGGGCAGAUGUGGCGAUCGUGGGUGCAGGGCCUUCAGGCUUAGCAGCAUGCAAGGCGGCCUUGGAGGAGGGGUUGAAACCCGUGGUCUUGGAGAGGCAGAAGGCAGUGGGUGGUCUUUGGACUGUUGAGGGCAAAGUGUGGAAUUCCCUUCGCACGAAUCUUUCGAAGUACACUGUGGCCUUCUCGGACUUCCCGUGGCCCAAAGACUUUUCUGCGGUUUUCCCGAAGGCUACAGAAGUGCAAAGGUACCUGGCAGGCUAUGCGGAAAGACAUCAGCUCUGGCCCCACGUCUGCAGCGGCUGCACCGUGACGUCCCUGGAGCCCGUCGAAGGCGCCUGGCGCCUGCGGGUGGAGACCGAGGAAGGUCAGGAGGAGCUGCUGGCGAGCUUCGUCAUCGUGGCCACAGGUAUAUUCUCUACACCAAACAUGUCCUUGCCUGGGCUGGAGACGUUUCCAGGCCCGGUGCUCCACAGUUCCUCCUACCGUUCUCCCCGCUGUUUGCCGUGCGGUCGCCUGCUGGUGGUGGGCUGCGCCUUCAGCGGCGCCGACGUGGCGGCCGAGCUGGGCGCGGAGCCGGAGCGACGGGUCACGGUGGCGGCGGGGCAGACGCCGUUGUGGUUCGUGCCGAGGUACCUCAAUGGGAAACCAUCUGACCUGCUCUUCUACUCGCGAGCGGCCCACUGGCGCUCGAAGAGACACUCGGAGGAGGAGCGGAACCACUGGCGUCACCGCUUUCUGGGCUCAGCGUUGGGACGGCUGCCGCCUCCCUUGGUGACCCCGCAGGAGGGUCCGGAGCCACCGUUCCUCUGCAUUUCCGACGACUUCGUCCAAGCCGUGAAGUCGGGUCAGGUGGAACUACGCACCUUACGAGUGCAGGAGGUCAGGGGACGUCUGGUCAUCUUCAGCGAUGGAUCGCAAGAAGAGUUUGAUCAGCUGCUGUUGGCGACCGGAUACCGUUUAGAUCUACCCUUUCUGCCUGACAAAGUUCGAAAAUUUCUGCAGUUGGAGACGGAAGACCAGCUGCAGCCACUGAUCUUGGCACAUGGCGUUUGGCAUCCCAAGAUCCCUCAGAUGGCUUUUGUUGGUCUCUACCGUGGUCCCUUCUUUGCCGCCCUGGAACUGCAAGGCCGCUGGGCCUGUGGCGUCUUCUCUGGCCGCUUGCCGCAGCUGAGCCAGGAGGAAAUGGAGGAGGCUCUACAGAAGCAGAUGGAGAUUCGAUUGCAUCAACCUCGACCACAGUUCCCCCACGACUACGUGGCAAUGACCGAGCAGUUGGCAAGUUUUGUUGGUGUUCAUCCGACUGAAAUCUUGGAGGACGCCUCCCAUCCAUUGCACCGGAGCCUGGUGGAUGGUCCUUUCCUACCUUUCCACUUUCGCUUGAAAGGCUUUCAGGCCAAGCCGGAGAUCGCAGCAGCUGCCAUUGCGGAAUGCUUGGAAGCCUAUCCACUGGAUUCCGCCAAUGAAGCGUUGCCAAAGGAAAAAGUGGUGGGCAUUUUUAAGGAGGAUACCGAGCCGUUGCUCACCCGUACUCCGGGUGUCGCGGGAACAGCUCGGAAGCACCACAAGCCACAUCAGGCGGUGGCCUUGGAACAGGAUGUUUUAGUGGAGGUCCUUCUGAUGUCGCGCUGCGAUGCGCUGCUGUCCACGUAUAGCAAUGUGAGCGUGGCGGCCAUCUAUUUCUCUCAGCCGGGCUAUCGUUUCUUCCUCUUUGGAGACACAGCUCCAGGCGAUGGCUGUGAGGUCUGUGGGAACAUGGCCCAGUUCUGCUGUUCCAGAUGCAAAGUCGUCUUCUACUGCAGCACGGAGUGUCAGCGAAGAGCCUGGAAGAAGCACAAGUUGCGCGGCAGAACAGCGAGGGCAAGGUAA